UGGGCCCCCGUACCGCCUCCUCAUGCUGCUGCCAGGCCCCGUAAUCUGCCAUGGGCCCCCGUACCGACUCCUCAUGCUGCUGCCAGGCCCGUAAUCUGUCAUGGGCCCCUGUACCGCCUCCUCAUGCUGCUGCCAGGUCCAGAGUGUCUCAUUGGGUCCCUGUACGGCCCUCCCAUUGCUGCUGUCUCCAUCGCCACACUCUGCCAUGUGCCACUUUCAGGUCUCCUUACAACUGCUGGUGGGUUCCAUUUUGUCAUAGGGUGCUGUAUGGCCAUUCCCAUUUUUAUUGCUGCUGCCUCCACCGCCACACUGUGGCCCAACACUCUGGUUUUAGGCCUCGUGACUGCCCAAAUGAGUGAAGUGUGCGGUGAUUCUAAGAUCAACGGCACUCAUCUGCAUGUCAUACUGACUGACAGUAUUAUUUUCUUCCUCCCAGCAGACUCCAAGGGCAUUUUAAAAUUAAGGGUACCAGUGUUCUGCACAUAAUAUAA